AUGGCCGGCCAUGGCGUGGUGGCCCUCGCCGUGCUGGCGGCGUACUGCCUGCUGCUGCAGCUGCCGGCGGCGAGCCGGGGGCAGCAGCUCCAGGUGGGGUUCUACAACACCAGCUGCCCCAAUGCCGAGACGCUGGUCCGGCAGGCGGUGACGAACGCCUUCGCCAACGACUCCGGCAUCGCCGCCGGCCUCAUCCGCCUCCAUUUCCAUGACUGCUUCGUCAGAGGGUGUGACGCGUCGGUGCUGCUGACGUCGCCCAACAACACGGCGGAGCGCGACGCGGCGCCGAACAACCCCAGCCUCCGCGGCUUCCAGGUGAUCGACGCCGCCAAGGCCGCCGUCGAGUCGGCGUGCCCGCGCACCGUCUCCUGCGCCGACAUCGUCGCCUUCGCCGCCCGCGACAGCGUCAACCUCACCGGCAACGUCUCCUACCAGGUCCCCUCCGGCCGCCGCGACGGCAACGUCUCCAUCGACCAGGACGCCCUCAACAACCUGCCGCAGCCGACCUUCACCGCCGCGCAGCUCGUCGCCAGCUUCGCCAACAAGUCGCUCACCGCCGAGGAGAUGGUCAUCCUCUCCGGCGCGCACACCGUCGGCCGCUCUUUCUGCACCUCCUUCCUCGCCCGCAUCUGGAACAACACCACCCCCAUCGUGGACACGGGGCUGAGCACGGCGUACGCGACGCUGCUGCGGGCGCUGUGCCCGUCGAACGCGAACUCGUCGACGCCGACGACGACGGCGAUCGACCCGAGCACGCCGGCGACGCUGGACAACAACUACUACAAGCUGCUGCCGCUCAACCUGGGCCUCUUCUUCUCCGACAACCAGCUGCGGGCCAACGCGACGCUGAGCGCGUCGGCCGACAGCUUCGCGGCGAACGAGACGCUCUGGAAGCAGCGGUUCGCCGCCGCCAUGGUCAAGAUGGGCAACAUCGAGGUGCUCACCGGCAGCCAGGGGCAGGUCAGGCUCAACUGCAGCGUCGUCAACAACGGCUCCUCCUCCGGCGCCGGGACGGCGGCGUACCACUACUCCGGCUCCACCGUUUCCAUCGACGAGAUCGCGUCGAGCUGAUCGCGUCAAGAUCAAAUCAUUCUACGACGAUGUCUCAUGAAGAAAAACCUAUACCACUUGUGUAUGAGAAACUUUAUUUGUCUGCAUAUGCAUGCAUUUUGCCAAUUAUUUGACGUGUCAUUUAGUUGUAGCUUGUGACGCUUCAUGCACACUAUUAAUUGCCCCUCUUUUCUUAGCUUGUCAGCAGGAUUAAUAAUCGAAAUGGAUUAUUUGUGCCCUUUCU